UUCACAGUUUGUCCGAAGUGAUCUCCCUUAAAUGACGUCACAUGGUUUCAGCAAAUUGUUUCAAGAUGGCGAACUAUGCGGAGUCCGGUGGAUUUUGGAGUGCACCAAAAGUGCAAUACAGUCAACAGACUCAUAGUUUGUUGAAAGAGAUGAUGCAGGAAUCCAAACUUACAAAUUUUCAACAGAGACAUCUAGAAAAACAGUUAAGAGGUGGGGGAACUUUACCAACCCAGUGCAAUCCAACAUCUAGUGCCAAGAAAAAGCAAGCCCCAGCACCUAAGAAACCUCCAAAAUACCUUACACCAAAGAAUUAUCAAAGUAAGAUGAGAUCAAAGGAAACCAUUGAAGCAUCAGGAGCUUAUGAGAGGCCAGAAUAUGAACCAACUCCUUCACAUUGGUUUAAAAAUUCUGCAAAGGAGAAAGAGAAACUUGCAAAUAUGAUGGCGUUUGGUAAGGAUAUUGACCCGGCAGCUGAAAGGUUAAAACGUAGGUCACAACCUGUAGAAUACGAGGAGGAGCCUGUCCCAGACAGAUUUGAUGAGUUGCAACAAGAGAUAGAUGAACGAAGAGAAUUUUUAAGUCAAAUGGAAGCUGUCGGACAGGGAGAAAAACACAGACCACUCAUUGAAACUCAAAUAUCUCAGCUCAUAAGAGAAAUGGAAUUAAUAGACAAGAAAAGAUCAAAAGAAUUGGAAGAACUUAUAGCAAGAGAGGAUGCCAAGAAAAAGAACAAAUAACUGACAAUCUCCAGACAGCUUAGAUCAUUAUUAGAUGAAACAUAUCCAUAUGGUUCACAUAGUGACAAUAUCCAUCUAUAUUCUUGUUUUGAAAAUGAGAAAUUUAAAUGUAAAAAAGGAUGAAAAAAAUAUAGAUAUUUUUUUUGAACUUUUGAUAAGGAAGCUGUGCUUUUUAUGCAUAGUAUUGUUAAUGUACAACAUCUGUACUGUUUAGAUUUGCAGUCUCAGAACUAAAGUUUAAAAUUGUUUUAGAAAGUUUUACUCAGCAUUGUAAACUUGACAUUGUUUCUACAAAAUAAUUUCAUGGAUGAAAUAGAACUCUUCCGUACUUCAGUAAAUCAAAAAGAAAGGUGUUAUGUUAUUGCAGUGAAAUUCUGAUACUUUAUUAUUUAGUCCCUGUUGAUAAAGGAAAUGUUUUUUGGAAAUGUUUUAUGUAUUGUGUUUUUAAACACUUGUUAAUCACAUUAUGACACUUGUUUAACACUUUUCAUUGUAAUAUAAUCAUUAUGUAGAUCUUUAUUUCACACAUGUUUUCCUCGGCCAGGAAAGCUGGAACAUCGCGAUAUGACCUAUACUGUGUCGAUGUGACGUUAAACCCAAAACAAACAAACAAAAACAUGUUUUAUAUAUUAUUAGGAAUUACUCUUUGAUAGUUAGCCUGCUAGAGAAAUCAGUAUCUGCCCAUUGAAGACUAAGAUCACCCAGCACAUCUGUGCCACCUGAUUAUGGUCUACAGCUUUUACUUUUUAGUCAGUACAUAUUUUGAAAAUUUCCUUAAAAGUGACGGAUGAUUUUGUCUAGAUUGAAAGAGAGAAAAGUCCAUUUAUGAUAUUUAUCAUGGUAAGGGUUAAACAUUGAUGUUGGACUGUUUUGGAGUUUCAAUACAUGUCUUAUUAUAUAUCAUGUGAUAAAAAGGUUCUUACACAUAUACACUAACAUACACAUAUACACUAACAUACACAUAUACACUAACAUACACAUAUACACUAACAUACACAUAUACACUAACAUACACAUAUACACUAGCAUACACAUAUACACUAACAUACACAUAUACACUAACAUACACAUAUACACUAACAUACACAUAUACACUAACAUACACAUAUACACUAACAUACACAUAUACACUAACAUACACAUAUACACUAGCAUACACAUAUACACUAACAUACACAUAUACACUAACAUACACAUAUACACUAACAUACACAUAUACACUAACAUACACAUAUACACUAACAUACACAUAUACACUAACAUACACAUAUACACUAACAUACACAUAUACACUAACAUUUAACUUGUCCUUGAAAAGCUAUAAUGCCCAUAUAAAACUCAAAGACUUCUUAAAUAUACACCUACAUAUAUCAAAUGGCAAUUCAUGUUAGGAUCCCAUAUUAUAUACAAUAUUUGUAUUAUUUCUGCUUGCCAAUCUUUCUUUCUAUGUUUAAACAUGUUGCAAUGUUAAGAAACCUUUUUCUCAGAAGUCUUUCAUCGUAAUAUAUUUCCUUGGUUUUAACUAACAUUAUUUUCAACUUGUCAUACUUAACCACUGCUUCUAAAGGAACUGAACUUGUAAAGGAAAGUUUUUGACAAAAAUCAAUAAAAAGAUAUGUUCAGACCACAGCACAUGUAGUUUAUAAAUAUAUUUUAUGACAAGGAAAUCAUAUCUGGAAAUACCUUUCAGAUUAUAGAAAAUACAUGUAUUCAGGUUGUAAAGUUCAGGUUUUGGAAUUUCUUUCAAAUGUUACUAUUUUAUUACUUAAACUUAAAUAGUUAAGAAUUCUAGUUGUUUUAAGUCGUAUAUUGUUUAAGGAAAAAAAACAACUGUCUACUAGUUUGCCAAGGUGUUUUUAAUUCAUGUUUUUAAUUAAACCACAUGUGUAUUUUGUGUUCAUACAUAUAUAUUACAUAAGCAUUCCAUACAGAGGUGGUAGUCACAGUCAUUUUGUAAACAUGAGUUUAUUUCAUCCUAUAUGUUGUUGUAGUGUUAUCAUGGACUCUGCAAAUUAAGUUGUAACUUACCCUUUAAUCCUUUUAAAUUGUUAUAGGUAAUACUGACUUAUUUAUGUCACCAGUCUAUAAACAUGCUAGUCUGUUUAUAUGUAAACAUGCUAGUCUGUUUAUAUGUGUAUUCUGACCAGAUUCUCUUCUGUCGACUGCUUUAUUUUUAGCUCGACUAUUCGAUAAGAAUAAGUAGAGCUAUUGUAGUCACCCGAGCGUCGGCGUAACCACUUAUGUUAAAGUUUUUGUAAUAGUUUAAAUAUUUUCAAAGUCCAUUGACAUAUGGCUUUGAAACUUUGCACACUUGUUCACCAUCAUGACCCCAACCUGUAGACAGGAGGAGGUAACUGUAUCAAGCAUUUUGACAGAAUUAUGCCCCUUUUUCGACUUAGAAUUUACGUUAAAGUUUUUGUAAUAGUUCAAAUAUUUUCAAAGUCCAUUGACAUAUGGCUUUGAAACUUUGCACACUUGUUCACCAUCAUGACCCCAACCUGUAGACAGGAGGAGGUAACUGUAUCAAGCAUUUUGACAGAAUUAUGCCCCUUUUUCGACUUAGAAUUUACGUUAAAGUUUUUGUAAUAGUUCAAAUAUUUUCAAAGUCCAUUGACAUAUGGCUUUGAAACUUUGCACACUUGUUCACCAUCAUGACCCCAACCUGUAGACAGGAGGAGGUAACUGUAUCAAGCAUUUUGACAGAAUUAUGCCCCUUUUUCGACUUAGAAUUUACGUUAAAGUUUUUGUAAUAGUUCAAAUAUUUUCAAAGUCCAUUGACAUAUGGCUUUGAAACUUUGCACACUUGUUCAACAUCAUGACCCCAACCUGUAAACAGGAGGAGGUAACUCUAUCAAGCAUUUUGACAGAAUUAUGCCCCUUUUUCGACUUAGAAUUUACGUUAAAGUUUUUGUAAUAGUUCAAAUAUUUUCAAAGUCCAUAGACAUAUGGCUUUGAAACUUUGCACACUUGUUCACCAUCAUGACCCCAACCUGUAGACAGGAGGAGGUAACUCUAUCAAGCAUUUUGACAGAAUUAUGCCCCUUUUUCGACUUAGAAUUUACGUUAAAGUUUUUGUAAUAGUUCAAAUAUUUUCAAAGUCCAUUGACAUAUGGCUUUGAAACUUUGCACACUUGUUCACCAUCAUGACCCCAACCUGGAAACAGGUGGAGGUAACUCUAUCAAGCAUUUUGACAGAAUUAUGCCCCUUUUUCGACUUAGAAUUUACGUUAAAGUUUUUGUAAUAGUUCAAAUAUUUUCAAAGUCCAUUGACAUAUGGCUUUGAAACUUUGCACACUUGUUCACCAUCAUGACCCCAACCUGUAAACAGGAGGAGGUAACUCUAUCAAGCAUUUUGACAGUAUUAUGCCCCUUUUUCGACUUAAAAUUAUGUUAAAGUUUUUGUAAUAGUUCAAAUAUUUUCAAAGUCCAUUGACAUAUGGCUUUGAAACUUUGCACACUUGUUCACCAUCAUGACCCCAACCUGUAAACAGGAGGAGGUAACUCUAUCAAGCAUUUUUUUUACUAUCAAGCAGUAAGAAUAGCCGAGCGUUGCUGUCCUACAGACAGCUCUUGUUAUCAUUUUUUGUCCCCCUUGUGGCCGAGUGGUAGCCUUUCAGAAUUGCAGCCACUGUUUAUCCCUGAGGUGACUAAAUGGAGUCAGUGCAUCUAUAAGCUCCAGCAGGUGAGGUGGUUUUGACCCUUGGUGUUACUUUAAGUUUGUAACACCCAAUUUUAGCAAAAAUCAUCUUUCCAGUUUCAGCACCAUAUGACCUUAAUUGUGUUACAUCAUUUAAAUGUAUACCGUGUAUACUUAAAAACUUCAAUGUCCGUCCUGGUUGUUUUUUUUAUGUUUAUUAUCAUUUUAUCUUGUAUUUUGUUCUUUCUCUUUGUUUAUACAUUUUGUAUUUCAAAGGAAGUAAAAUUAUAGAUUUCCAUGUAUGUCUAUAUGUUUUUAAAAUAAUUUAUAUACAUACUGUAUGUGUUACAUAUUUUUUCUAUAUAUUAAAUGUGAUAUUUUAUUUGAAAUAAAUGACCAAAAUUCA